AUGGCAAAAAUAGAUAGACGCGAGACUUCAAGACUCGCCAUAGAAAAGGCCGAAAAGGACUCUAUAGUAUCUCUGCUCAACUCAGUCAUCAACAAUGAAGAUAAAGGCAAAAGAUAUACGCAUGUUCGUGAUAUUGUUGUCCUCACAGCCAAAUCAAGAUAUCUCGAAAAUGGGGAUGGUUUGGAUAUCGACCUUGGCCCUACCAUCGCAAUCGCCCAACAUUUCCGAGUUUCGGAUUGGAAACUACUCGUGAAACACUGGAAAUCAGUACCAGACGAUGUCAAGGUCAGCGUCCGAACUAUUGCUUUUGACACAGCUUCCUGGCACACAUAUGUCAAAAAUAUUGGGAAUGAAGAUCCAAAACUUUUAGCACACAUUGCUCUUGGCCCCUCUCUUCAGCUUACGAUGCAAUACGAAGUUCCAGACACGGCUGAUUCGAUUGUGUUUGCGACCGAGGGGAACGUCGAAGGCCUGAAGCUCCUGUUCACACACGGAUUUGCAUCCCCAAGCGACUGGGCUCUCUAUGGAGGAAUGCAUCAAUUUGAAACUGUGCGGUUUUUGAUCAGUCAAGGAGCACCAAUAGACAGAGAGUCAUAUGGACAUGUCUGGGAUUUUUCAUUCCGUCUAAAAUGCAAUGAUGACGAGUUCAAAGCUCUGUCGUGCAUUCGAGAAGGACUUGACAAUGAUUGGAUCGAGGACCAAAACUAUCAACCGGUCCACAAGAUUGUUCUGCACCUUUCCUCGGAAAACCUCACGGCCGAGCUCGAGAAAAACCCGAACGCUGUUCACCUCAAAGAUGCCCAAGGCCGAACCGCACUGGAUUGGGCCACUGCACGCGCUCAAUUGACCGACAUGAAGGUCCUGAUAUACCACAGCUCUGAUGUCAACAAUAUGGAUACCACUGGUCGCACUACAAUCCUACAUGCGGUGGAUAGCCAUAGCUAUGAAGCUCUCCAAAUUGUUUUGGCUGCAGGCGCAAUCCCCGAUCCCAUAGUCCCUCCCAACCUUUUCCGCAGCAGUCCUCUUACCUCGGCUUGCUUCGGCGGGUUGGCGGACAUGGUUAGGUUGCUCAUCAAACAUGGCGCCAACAUCCGUGCUUGCAACCCAGAGGGACGCACGGCGCUGCAUACAGCAGCUAUCAAGGGACACGUUGAAUGUGCAACAAUCCUUCUCAACCAUGGAGCUGACCUGAACGAAGCCUCGAUGAAUGGACGAACACCGUUAAUGAUGGCAAUAAUUCACAACAAACACGACAUUCUUAAACUCUUUCUAGAACAUUGCCAGAAGUACCAUGGCCUCCAGAACUCUGGACUCUUGGGUACAAUAAUAGCUGAGCAUGCCGACGCGGAUACCAUGUCAAUACUCGCUUCGUCUCAUCACUUGCUGAAGCUGUUGGGUUUAGACGGGUCAUGUUUGUAUGAUAUCCGCGACACAGUUCUUCUGCGGACGCAUCAGGAUACAAGGCUCUGCCACGCUUUUGAAGGGUUGCUAGCCGCUGCUUUUUCAUGUGUAAAUCAACUUAAGCUGUGA